AGCAGCAGCCCGCACACACAGCAUUAUGGCGAAAAGUAAGAGCAAGGAGAGUCAUAGAGGGAGGGAAAGGGAAAAGUCAUCAAAAAAGAGGCGGAGGGAAAAGGAGGAGAGCAGUCCUUCUGCGGAAAGACAGAAAAAGAAAAAAAGUAAGGACAGCAAGCACAGCAGCAGCCGGAGCCGAAAUGACCGCCGGAGCGAGAGGGGGGGCGACAGGAAGAAGAAAAGCAGCAGCAGCAGCCACAGCAGCAGCAGCAAGAGUAAGGGAAAGAAAAAGAUGAAAGAGCGGAAGGGAGAUGCAACAGAGGAAGGCAGUGGAAAGCAAAGCAUCCAAGCCGAAAUCCAGAUCAGCGAGAAGGACUACUUCAUCCGCGCGAUGGAGUUCAAGGUGUGGCUCUGCCACAAGAAGGAGACGCUCUUCGAGGACCUCACCUCAGACGAGUCGCACGAGCUCUUCGACAAGUUCGUCAAGGACUGGAACAGGGGAAAGCUCGACCCCCACUUCUACGAGGGUCGCCUCCCCGACGAGCUGAUUGCCCGGACAAAGAAAACGCAGCACAGAUGGGGGUUUGUGAACAGGUUGAGCGACCGGGAUCAAAUGCAGCUGGAGCUGGCCAAUGACUCAGUCCACUCCAGCACGGAGAAGGUCAAAGGGGCCACCAGCAACGUCCCGGUCCUACCGAUUGGGUCGGCCGCAACAGCUCCAGGGCUGGUGGUGAAGAAGCAGGCCGACGGCCGUGGCGGGGACGGGGAAGGUAGAGGCGGCGGCGGCGGGAACGGGAGCGGGCGCAGGACGGAGGCGAAGCGGGAGCGGCGGCAAGAGCGGGAGAAGCACGCGGUCGUCCUCGACGAGAUCGCUCCGAAGGAGACGGGCCGACAGGCGGUGUUGGACAAGCGCCGCGUGGUCGGUGCAAGAACACACGCUGCGGCGAAGGAGAGGGAAGACGCCGCGGACGGCUUGGACAUGAAGGAGUCGGACACCAUGGGCGGGUCGGACAGCUUCCGCGAGACCCUCGCGCGAGCCCAGCACGGGAAGCAGCGGCGACAGAUGGCAAAGACGGAGCACCUGCAGGGACUAGCCGCGAAGGAAGAGGAGAAACGCGCGGCUUUCAUGGCGCAGAUGGGCCUCAAAGCGGGCCAGAAAAUUACGAUUCAGCCGCGCAGGGACGGGUGACGAGGAAGAGAGGACGGGGCCUGUUGGUAGUGUAGUCUUCGUAGAAAUAUUCUAAGUACCAUGCUGUAGAAGAGGGUUUCUCGUUCAAUGCUCAGAUCGAAAUCUGAGCUUGCCAGAGAAAAAAAAUACUGCAAGGAUGCCAUGUGUCGUGGCGAUCUUGUUGCGGGUGCGAUCGCGUAUGUGCCGUAGGCGGUUUUGUUCGUUCCCGUCGGUGAAACUGCGCGGAAAAGCAAUCGUGAUUUUCAUUGUCGUUUGUUUUCGAUCCUUCCUGCUCGAAUGCAAUCGCUCGCCGCUUUUCUACGUACGUAUGUACUCCCCACGGCGAUGUUGCCCUUCUCACGUUGUAGAGUCCUCCGAGUUUUUUUUUUUUUUGUCUACACUUCAAAUCAGCGCUCA